GUAAAGCAGCCGCCAGCCGGCGCAGAUCACAGACGGUCAGCCAUCGCUUCACUCAGCCGCUAUCGACAGAACAAACCACACGGCUGCUCCUCACUUAUAAACAAUGCAUUCCACGAUGAUCGACACCUAACACCUGUCGAUAUUUUUAUAUAAAACAACUUUGCGGAAGCUUCAGUGAGCACAAUGCGGUUCUUCAUACUGUUCUAUGUGUUAUUUAACUCGACAUUCGGAGAUAUCAGUGAAACAAAUGUUUUUGAUGCGAUGGUUUUUCGCAAGUGUUGUUCAAGAAAUCAAAGUAUUAUAAAAGUGACGGAAUAUGACCUAUCACUUGUCGAACGAUAUGAGUGUGUUGAUCGUGAUUAUUUAUUUGAGAGUUAUAAUAUAUCUGUGACAUCAUUGUUGGUAGACAAACGAGUAGAAGUACAGCACGGCCUGCCGGCAGAUUGUGAUGAUUUACAAAUGGUGCAAAUAAAUGGACCAGAUGCUGAGCUUUUUCUGUGGGAAAAUGAAUGUUAUGACAGGCUCGUAACUGAAAUAAAUAAUGGCUCUUUAAAACAUAACAUUCCAAAAACUAUAGCUUUAAGUUGUAAUAAAACAAGAGAUAAAACAAACGAAACCAAGUCCUCUUUUAAAAUUGAACAAGUAAGAAAAUGUUGUCCAAAAGGACAAGAGUUCGAUACAGAUCAUCAUGUUUGCAGAAAUAGUGUAGAAGAAGUUGAUGAAGAAACAUUUUUAAGGAAAUUUAAUAUUAGUGGACCUUACAUUUAUGAAACUGAAUACACUCUUCGAUGUAAAUUUGAUGAAUACGUUGUUGAAUUGACUGAAGACAUAUUUUCGUUGCAAGUUAGCAACAGUGAUCUAAUAACUAUGAACAGAUACAAUGGAAACGUCAAGACACUAAUACAAGGAGAGUGGUGCGUGGACCAACAGUAUGAUGGUACACAAUUAUUGGCUCAAGUUUGUACACGUAACUGUGAUGAUUUUGGUGCGUUUUGUGUACGGAAGUGUUGUCCUCCUGGUCACCAUUUUAAAUUAAGGAGGUGUGGAGGUCUAUCAAGUGUUUGUGUGCGAGAUGAAGACGAAUUUGUCCAAUUUAACAUUUCCACUUAUUUAGCUCCAUUAGCUGACGAAUUUGGUGACUUACCUGAUGUUAUGGGCAUUCGGUAUGCUUUACAAUGUCCUGCUGGAAGAUUUGCCCUGAACAAAUCGCUACCUCAGGAUGUGCACGAAAUGACGGCGCAGGGAGCCAUUAAGACGCCCCUCACAGUCACCUUUGACUACUGCGUGGAAAUGUUCGAUCGCCGAGAUUGUCCGACUAACGAUGUGUACCUAAGCGGAGUACUCUGCUUCCAGCCUAGUGAGAAAACUAAGAACUAUCGGUUUUCAUUUGUGAUAAUUACUAUAUCAGCUGUAUGCUUGGGAUUAACACUUAUAAUAUACAUCAUAUUCCCGGAGCUAAGGAACCUGCAUGGACGCAACCUGGUCUGCCAUGUCAGCAUGAUGCUGUUAGCUUACUCCUGUUUGGCGCGCGUUCAGCAUAGCGCAGUCCUAAACGGUCUCUUGUGCACCGUGCUUGGAUAUGGAAUUUAUUUCGGUUUCGUGGCGGCUUUCGCUUGGCUUAACGUCAUGUGCUUCGACAUAUGGUGGACAUUUGGGAGUGUUCGUACUGUGAAGCCACUACGGAAGUCCACAUCAGAAAGGCGCAGAUUCCUCUGGUACUCCGUCUAUGCCUGGAGCGUGGCGGUGGUCUUGUCUGGCACAAUGUUCCUCUUGGAUCGAUACUCCAACAACUUGUAUCUUAAAGCGAAUAUCGGAGCUGGAGCCUGUUGGUUCGGCACGAUUCAGAACACGCAACUGGAUUGGCCACACUACAUAUUUUUUGUACUGCCGAUGGGUGUAGUGACUUGCACUAACUUUAUUUUGUGGCUUUUGACGGCUCGUUACUGUGCCAAAGUAAAAUCGGAAGUACAUCGCUUGCAGGCUGGGUCUGUCGGGGACCGGGCUAAGAAACGUUUUCGAAUAGACAGAGCAAAGUAUAUUCUGACUGGUAAACUGUGGGUGGUGAUGGGAGCUGGUUGGAUAUCAGAAUUGAUCUCCACGCUGGUGUCUGAACCACUCUGGCUCUGGAACGUUAUCGAUCUUAUCAACGAGCUGCAAGGAGUUCUUAUAUUCCUGAUCCUCGUCAUGAAGCCUAAAGUAUUGUAUCUUAUAAGAAAGCGACUAGGUUUAUCAUCGUCGCAGAAAGAUCCAAGAUUGGAGAAGCCACCGCAGAACAACGCUGGAUCGUCUUCAGGUCGGACGUCUUCCACGUUCCUCUCAAGAACCAUCAGCUCCGAUGAGCGCGCUAAUCUUAGAAUAUCGUUGCCACAAAAUAACCUUAAAUAAUCAUAAUUACUAUAGGAAGUGAAACUAAUUGCAUUUAAGCUUAUCACUAUAAGAGAUACCUUUAAUGUUAAACCAUUUUAUUAGGAAUUUAGUUUAAGCUUAUGAGGUCGUUUUGAAGUACGAUAUUUCUAUGAAAUUUAGGCUCAUUUGUCACUGAUUUUGUUCCAGUUCAGAUAAAAACCUAAUAAUAUUAUGUAGAACUGACUUAUUAACAAAAAUCAAAAGGCUAGGACCAGUUUCCUCCUGAUCUUAUCGUCGGUCAUGAGAAUCGAUAAAUAUUCCAGUGUGUGUCCUUGCAAUUUUUUAAAUUCUAAGUAAACCUUAUUUGAAAUCGUUACUAUAGAUUGUUUUUUUUUUUUUGUUUUUCCGCAGUAAUAUUGAUUAUUAACUUAUAAUUAAUCACUUCUGUUGAAAUAUCAAAAUCUAAUAUACUAAUUGGUCCUCAUCUAGUCAUAUAUAGUAGUGCAUGUAAGAUAUUAUUUAAGGCUGUAUGUUUGUAUAAAAGGCUAUCAAACGUAGCUCUUAAUUUGUAAAUUGGCAAACCAACAGUAGGUACCUACUACCAAAGUUAUUCCUUAAUAGGUAUAGUAAGCGAUAUGUAUUAUACAGGAGAUGAAUCCCAUACUUAUAAAAAUUUACAUCAUUUUGUAAUAUUUUUUUUAUAUAUCAUCACAAAGAUCGAUGGAAAUACAAUUCCAUUGGUUUCAUAAUACUAAAUUUAUAAAAUUAUAUAAAUUUUCUAGACAUUUAUUAUUAGCUUUAAAUAUUACAUAGCUUAGAUUAGUUACUAUGUUUUGUCUUAUCUUGUCCAAUGUGUUUUUACUAGACUUAUCUUUGUAUUCUUCUACUAGAAAGUAAUUCUAACUUUAUUUUA